UAAACUCAUUUUAGACCAACACACGACAUUAAAGGAUGAUUUAAACAACAUUAAAAACACGUUAAAACGGAAAAUGUGUUCGUAUUUUUCCCGUCUUGACUGAGCUUCGGAAGCAACUGGUUCAGUUAUAGUUUUAUUUUGAAGCCUGUAGCCGGAAGUCUUUUAAACUUGUAUUUAAACUUUACCCUUAAUUUCCCACAAGUGUAUGAAGGCGACUCGAUAAAUUUGAGUGGAAACAAGGGGAAGUAGACAGCAGAGAGAUGUGGUGGGUGCUGUGGGUGCUCGCAGCCUUGCUGGCUCUCUUCUGCAGUGUGGAUGUGUGGUACUUCCUGCGGGCAGCUGUUGUGGUUCUCCGGGCCUGGUUCCAACCUCCAGUCUGGGAUGUCACGGCAGAGCAGACCCUUACCGGCCGGGUCACUCCCCAUGACAUCGACAUGUGCCACAUGAACAACGCCCGUUACCUCAGAGAGUGUGACUUUGCCCGCUUCUCUCUCUACACGCGUAACGGUGUGUUCAAAGCUCUCCGAGCACUUGGAGCUUCGAUGGUCGUGGGGGCCACCACCAUCCGUUACCGCAGGGCUCUGUGUAUAGGUGAGGGGUACGAGCUGCGGAGUCGCAUCGUCACCUGGGAUGACAAAGCCUUUUACCUGGAGCAGAGAUUUGUGUCAACAAAAGAUGGGUUGGUGUGUGCUGUCAUGUACUGCAAGCAGAGUGUCAUACGCAGUAGUCCAGACAAGAUCAUGCAGCACCUGUGUAAGAGGAAGGUGGACUGCCCUGAGUUUCCAGAGGACCUUCAGCACUGGGUCAACUUCAUCUCAGCGAGCAGCCAGGCCCUCCGGGCUGAGAGUGGACUGGAUGAAAAGAACAAAUAAGGGAUAGCAUAUUUAGACAUUUUGUAUGUCAUCUGGUUUACCAGCUCAGGGGCAUCAUUUGUAAAACGGAUUUACGAUCAGUUUUGAUCUUAAGUCUGACUUGAGAAGAAAACCAUGCAUAAGUAGUCAUUUACAAAACCUCACUCUUAUGUGUAAAUGAUCUAAACCCUCAUUUAUGCUGGCUUUAUAUAAGGGGAAAUUGCAAGGCAUGUGCUGCCAAUUUAAGUGGAGAUUUAUAGGUCACAUGCAUAAGUUAUAAAUGGGAUUCUUCAACAUGCUUAAGCAAGGUUUUUUAUGCUCAGAGUCUUGAAUCUGAAUCAGAGAUGGAACCAUUAAAACACUCUGACGUACUACAGGAUUUGGUGGUUAAACACUACACUUCCUACUAAACUUAAAAGUAUGAAAUUGCAUACACGCAAGGGAAAUAUGACUGCAUUUUAAAAAGGUGAUGAAAAAGGGCGUUGAACACUAUAGAAAUGAAUUGGUUUUGAAUUCACCGUCACUGUUUGUCUGUUUACUUAAACACACUUGUGCCUACACUUCUGAAAAGAAGUGUCACUUGGAGCCCAUUACUUACCUAUGUCAACGCUGGAGCUGACACGCUAUAUUAUUUUGCCCAGGUAAAAACGGAUUACUUAUUUUUGUAAUAUGCAAGUAAUAUGAUUGUAUAAAAUGUAUCCUCUUGUGCUACGGCAGCAAUAAAACAAAUCCCUUUUGAA